UCUUUAAAGCGCACGAAGGAUUUCGACGAUAAUCAAUUAUGGCGGCCCCCACGUUGUCUCUCUCGGACAUCCAAGGCUCCUUAAAAAGUCAAAUGCGAGCUAAGCAGCAAAAGAAAAGGCCCAAGAAAAUGGUUUUAUGUAGUCCGUAUGUAAACGCCAGAUCUGACUUGCCGUUGGAAACACAGGAGGCCAUCCUACGGAUACUGAUAGAAGUAAUAACACCAAUAGCAGAAGAGAGGGAAGCGAGAAGUAAACAAUUAAAGCAACAAAGAAUACUGAAAAAAGAACGUCAACGACGGAACGCUGUCACGGAUAUUUCAAAAGAUGGUCAGGUCACAGAGGGGGGCGUGUCCGAUGAAAGAAAGGACGGGAAAGACGCUGAGGAAACUGAUAACAAUGUAGUGCACCCUGCCAGCAAUGAUCAGACUCAGAAUACAGAACCACCAUCUGAUGUCCAGACAAAUGGACAGGGAGAUGGUCAGAGUAAAACAAAGACUGACAGGGCAAGACUUUGUUUGGGAAUAAAUGAAGUUAUUAAAGGCUUGGAGAGAGAUCAGAUGCGAUUGGUUCUCACUUGUCAGUCAUGUAAACCUGAGAUGCUUACACAACAUUUGAUUGGUCUAGCUGCCAGUAGGAACUGCCCAGCUGCUUCCAUUUCAAAACUAAGUACUACACUGUGUCCUUUGUUGAAGAUUUCAUCACUUAUGGCAUUAGGAAUCAAGAAAUCCCAGACUGUCGAGUCCUCAGGACUGGAUGAAGCUGUGGACUUAAUUUCUGAUCUAAUUCCUGUACAAAGUCUGCCAUGGAUAGAGAGUGAGUCCAUUAAAAAGGAACCAAUCACAGACUUCAAUACAAAAGAUGAUAAAGAAGAAGAAAUCUCAUUGGCUGACACAAAAACAACAGCAAAUGAAGUGGAUUCCCAAAAGAUAGACUCACUGAGUACACAACAAAAUACAACAGACUAUUCUCAGUUUUAUGUUUAUAAGAACACUGCUUCUGGUGGGAGGAACAUUGGGACAGAUUUCAUUCCAUUCUCAAAAGAAGAGGCCACAGUGGAUACAAUUCCAGAUUUCGGUCGAAAGAGGAAAAGUGAAUGGGAAAGUGUGGAGCAGGCUAAAUUUAGGAAAUAUCAGACAACAGAGUAUCUACCUGUGUUUGGAAAUGAAAAGAAAGUUAAAAGAUCGAAAAGGAAGAAAAAUAAAAGAAAGGUUUAACCAUA